AUGUCACACUUCCUGAGCGAAGUCAAGCACGCCCUGCACAUCGGCGAGCCCACGGACGACCCUGAGCGCGUCGCGAAGGAGACUCAUGCUGCGCAGGCUUCGCACGAGAAGGAGGAGGCUAGGGCGGACAGGCUGAUUGCCGAACGCGAACAGGAAGCGCGCGUUCAGCCUGCCACCUCUGGUCCUCCCGACGUCGUCCCGCCUCCCGCCGAACUCUCCUCCUUCCCUCACCGCCAGAACCUCGACGAGGUCGCUCACGACCCUCAGCAUGCCCACGCAAAGAAGCAGACGACGCCCGACCUCGAAGGCGUCACGCACAUCCCCGAAAGCGAGCUUCCGCCCCGUUUGCCACGUAUGGAGAAUACGGCGCUCCGUCCUUCUGACCCGAAUGACCCGAAUUCGAUGAACGGCCUUCCCGAGCCUCUCAACGUUGCAGGAGACGAUCGCGUCCAGUAA